GCCCACCUCUAAUCGAUGUUUAAUAGUUUAUGGAAACGGAACAUUAAGCAUAAUUAAUCCCGAACGCCGACGCCCACAAAUCCGCACCGCCCGUCCUUCCAGCGCUGCAACAAAAUAAAUUCCGGGAGCUGCAAGCUGGAAACUGGAGAUUUGCAGGCCGCCAAGGAAAUCGAGAUAAAUUCAACAGUCAGCCAAAGCCCUGCGUGUGUGUGUGUGGUGUCUGUGAGCGCCUGCCAGUGUGUGCGUACAAGAGCGAGAGAGAGAGCAAGAUUGCGAGGGAGUCGAGCUUUGCAAAUAUUUGCCAGCCAAUUUCCGAUUUUCGGCAUUUAAUCGCAGUCUUAUCCGCCAGACAGCCAUUUAUUCCGAUUGAAAGAAUCCACAUACCAUGCUGCUGCAUUUCUCUCCUUAAAAAAAACCGCUGAUAAACGGCAAGAGCCGAAAAAAAAGUUAAUCAAAGGAAAUUAAAUAACAAGGCGGCGGCAACAACACUUACAUAAAUUAACUCGCAAAGCAACAACACUAAUAACAAUAGCUUAUCAACAACAACAACAACAUUAGCAGCCAGCAGCCACAACAACAAAGCAGCAGCCAGAAAGAACAACAGUUUAUCUCCAAUACUCAGCCGGCAGCACGAGUGCGAGCGAGAGGGCGAUAGUUGGCGAGAGCGAGAGAAGGGUGUGCGUGUGUGUGUGAGUGUGGGAGCAAGCAGCGCAAAAAAAAAGGAAAACAACAAAAGUAUAUUUUGCAUUGUUCGACGCGCCUAACUGUAAAUAUAAAAGCACUUGCAAAAACAAGGAAAAACGCAACAAAAAAAAACGAAAAACUAAGAGAAACAAAAAUGGCACGCGGCUUCGAUCAUCUGUUCAAGUUGCUAAUAAUCGGCGAUAGCGGCGUGGGCAAGUCGUCGCUGCUCAUCCGUUUCUCGGACGACACAUUCUCGGGCAGUUACAUCACGACCAUCGGCGUGGACUUCAAGAUCCGCACCGUGGACAUCGAGGGGAUGCGCGUGAAGCUGCAGAUCUGGGAUACGGCCGGUCAGGAGCGCUUCCGGACGAUCACCAGCACCUACUACCGCGGCACCCAUGGCGUCAUCGUGGUCUACGAUGUCACGAACGGCGACUCCUUCGCGAACGUCCGCCGCUGGCUGGAGGAGAUCCAGAACAACUGCGACGUGGUCAAAAAAGUAUUAGUGGGCAACAAGAACGAUGAUCCGGACAGAAAGGUAGUAAUCACCGAGGACGCGCAGCGGUUCGCGAAACAAAUGGACAUCGAGCUGUACGAGACAUCCGCCAAAGACAACAUCAACGUGGAGAACAUGUUCUUGUCGAUCACGCGGCAGGUGCUCGACCACAAGCUGCGCACCUCCCCCAACGAGCAGCAGAAGGACACGCUCCAUUUGAAGCCCAAUCCCAAGGGCACCAAGGGUGGGAAGUGCUGCAGGUGAAAGCGGCUCCGGCACGGGAGCUGGCAUUGCCUGGACUGGACAGACGGCGGCGGUGGGACGGGGAUUGGAACCGGAAUUUGGACCAGGACCUGGAUCAACUCCGGGGGCGGAUGGAAUCGUUGUGGGGGCGCGUAGUUUGUAGGGUUCUCGGCGUAUGAUACGGCACACACUCACUCACAUAGACAUAGCUUACACCAACCAACAAACAAACAAGAAACAACCAACAACACAAGAACACUCACAAUCCACACCCACACCCACACCCAAAACCCACUAGAGACAACAACGUUUUUUUUGUUUUGUUUUUUUCCUCCUGUGUUUUUAUUCGGAAUAAUGCCAGAUAGCCGUAAAUUAAAGUGUAAAAGUGUAAAGCGCAAUUAAAUGUAUUUAGCAAUUUAUAUACAUAUUAAUAUAUACAUAAACAAAAUUUAAA